CCGGUACCUAAAACUAAAUUAUUGGCCAAUUAUUUAUGUAUGUAAUUUUAUAUAUUUGGUACAAUUUAAUUAACGCAUGGAGAUGAGAAUAAGCUCACUUAUGAUCAUAAAUACCUCGUGAUGGAAUAACAGCAUAUGGGACAUAUAAGUCUAUAGGAAAAUACUGUAGAUCGGAAUAUCGGGAAAGAAUAAUACAGAGUGAAUAUGAAUAUUCUAAUUGCUUCAAGACCACUAAAGAAAUUUUUUACUUGCCGUAUGUUUUCUUCUUUAAAUUCUGUUCAACCAUCAGAAAAAAUGAAUGAUUGGAUGGGUCAAGAAGCGGCCAAUAUUUAUACUAGUAAUCUCAAAUAUCCACAACAUAUAGCAGAAUUUGUAAUGGACCGCCUUAGGAAAAUAAAGGGCAAUGAAGACAGCAAAAGAUUCGAUCUUGUCUUGGACGCUGGAUGUGGUAACGGAAAAUCUUUAUUAGAUUUUUUGUCCUUUUUUCGAAGAGCCAUCGGAUUUGAUGCAAACGAACAUCAAAUUAUCAAAGCAAAAGAAAGAAGAAUAAAAUCUGACACAGCAACAUUUUUAGUCGGUAGAGAGAACGCGAUGCCGGUCGAGGAUAAUUCUGUAGAUUUACUGCUUAACGUUGGCGCUUGGCAUUAUAUGGAACUGAAUGAGUUUUUAAACGAGUGUAAUCGAGUUUUGAAGAAUACUGGACUUUGUGCAGUUUACGAUUCUUCAUUUUCGAAACUGCAAGUACAUUAUCCUGGAAAAAAUGUAAUUCAAAGGACGGUCGACGGAAGUAACCUUAUCGAAACUUACCGAACAACUUUGCAUAAGCAUUUCAGUAAAGUUGAGCACCCUGCUGCAGAAUGGUUCAACCGAUACCACAACAUUUAUGAUCAAGUUACUGGAUUCAACAAGGAGAGAAUCGAUGACCUAACUGUUCAUUUUGACAUGACACUAGCAGAAUUGAAAAAUUACUUUUUGUCUUUCCCAACAUUCAGAAAUCAUCAUAAUUUAUUUGAGAAAGAAUUUGCUCCAUUGAAUGUGAUGGGAAGUGAUUCAAAAAAACUUGUAGAUGCUGAAGGAAUUGAUGACGAAAAAUUGCAACUACGUUUCACAUUGUCAAUGUUCCUAAUAUUUUUAUAUAAAUAAAAUUUUUUUUAACUUAUACUCAUAACUUUCAAUUCACGAUGAAAUGUCCUGUCAAAGUUUCUUCUAUUAUUGACACGAUACUAUCCAGCAUCACUUAUUUCUAUUUAGCAGAAUUGUGGAUUGAAAUCUUUGUGGUAUAUUUAUGACGUCAUGAUGAAUGCAUUAUUUAUGUCGCUUGAUGUCAAUGUCGAGCUCUCUCGCUCUCUCUUGCGCACUGCAUGUUCCUUAGUGCUAUGAUUUAUGACGUCUAUAUUAUAUCCUAAUAUA